AUGUUGGAUAUGUUACUCACUCGUUAUUUGGCCUACGCUGCGCUCGCAUCAGCAACAUUUGCAAUUACUGUACCACCUGCGGCAGAAACACUGGCUGCCGAUGUGACGCCUGCAAAUCUUCCACUCUUUGACUUCGAGGCUGUACAGUUGACAGACAGUGCUGUGGCCGCAAUCCGAGAGGAUGCCAAAUUCGCGGAACACGCAUCGCACUUUGACUUUGAGGAUACUUCAAACUCCACAUUAUCGGUACGCGCUCGUCGCGCCCGUAGGGCGCUCCGUUGCAAAACGAUGCCGGGUGAUGGUUUGUACCCUAGCGGCGCCGUGUGGGAUGCAUUCGACGCCCUACUGGGUGGUGCUUUGCAGAAGGUUGUUCCUAUUGGCUCACCCUGCUACAAGAACUCUGUAUAUGGAAACUACGAUGCUGCCAAAUGUGCAGACCUGGUCAAAAAUUUUGAUGCCGAGGAGAUCUACUAUAACGACAACGGCGCACUGAUGAACCCUUUGUACUAUGGGAUGACCUGCCCGAUUCCUUCAUCAGGAGACUCCGCCAAUGGCAGUUGCACACAGGGUGGCUACUCGGAUUACGCCGUGAAGGUCAACAAUGUUGCGCAAAUACAGUUGGCCGUGAACCUCGCGCGUAAUCUCAACCUUCGGUUAGUCGUCCGCAACACAGGUCACGACUACAACGGUCGCUCAGUCGGAAAAGGCGCGCUUAGCAUCUGGACUCACGGCCUAAAAGACAUCAGGUACAUGGAGAAUUACGAAAGCUCCGUGUACAAGGGUCCCGUGUUCAAGCUCGGUGCUGGUGUCCAAGGAUUUGAGCUAUACCAGGCUGCGGACAAGUAUGGUGUCUCUGCUAUCGCCGGAAUUUGCCCGACAGUUGGAGUUACAGGCGGCUACUCAGCAGGCGGUGGCCAUUCACCUCUGAUGCAACUGUUUGGUGUCGGCUCCGAUCAGGUUGUCGCUUUAGAAGUGGUUCUUGCCAGUGGCCGUUUCGUUACUGUCACUCCAAAGGUCAACGGCGAUCUCUACUGGGCCAUGCUUGGUGGAGGCGGUGGGACCUUUGGUGUAGUCACAUCUGCUGUUGUCAAGGUUCAUCGCAGAGUUCCAGUCACCACCUCUGCUUGGACUGUGAUGACAUCUGAGACGAUCACUGCGGAGAAAUUCUGGGAAGCCUUCAGGUUCUUUUAUGAUAACAUACCCAUGUACAACAAGGCGAAGACGUACUCGUACUUUUCGCUUAUGAAGCUCGGCCCCGGCACAUAUAUGUGGACUAUGGCGCCAUUCUUCGCGACGGAUAAGUCGGUCGAGGAGUACGAGGCUUUGAUCAAGCCAUUCUAUGACAAGUGCGCCUCGCUCGGUAUCGAGCUCAAGGCCAACACAAGCUACUAUAACAGCUUCUACCCAGCUUACCAGGCCACAUUCGGUACCCUGAACUACUACGUCGGUGGUGCGGGUGCUAUCCCUGCCAACCGUUUAGUGACAUCUGACAACUGGGAAACUCCGGACAUUCGGGAUCAGACAUUUGCGGCUGUGCAGCAGGCUGUCAACAAUGCAAUGAUGGUGAACAUGUAUCACCAGCGACCUGCUGACCUGGAAAACAGUAACAUGAACUCGGUCAACCCGGCCUUCCGGACCGAAGAGGCACAGAUGAUCGUGAUCAAUUCAGUCACGGAGCAGACGGCAGCGGGGUGGAAAGCAGCGUCGGAGGCGCUCACGACCCAGAUCAUGGCCCCUCUUCGCGAGACAAGCCCGACUGGUGGUGCAUAUGGGAAUGAAGCCGAUAUCGCCGAGCCUGAUUGGCAGCAGGCCUUCUGGGGGUCAAACUAUGCGAGGCUGCAGCAGACCAAAAACAAAUACGACGCCAACAUGUUGUUCUACGUGCAUCAUGGUGUCGGCACUGAGGGUUGGGCGAUUGACGACAAGGGUAUCGUAGGGGUUCAGUCGAGUGAUGGACCAUUAUGCCGCAUCUAG